AUGGAGUUUGCAAUGGUAGGUGCGGACGGCGGGUGCAACAGCCACCUGCCCUACGGGUAUGCCCAAGCCCGCGCCCGGGAGAGGGAGCGAGAGCGGGAGCGCCAGUCCAGAGCGGCCGCGGCAGCUGCGGCGGCCGAGAGCGGAUCCGGGGCGGACGGGGGAGGCGCCGGCUCCGGGGGGUCUACUUGUUCGUCCACCGCCACGACCGCUACCGCCACCUCCUCGUCGGGCGCGCAUCUCCUUAACAACCGCCAGCAUCCGUCUCGCACCGCCUCCUCCGGCACCAACAUCAGCAGCGGCGGUACCGCCUCGCGCCCCUCCUCCUCCCCCUCCUCUCAGGAUCCGGAGAAGCAGAGACUCCUCAGAGAGCGCAAAAAGCAACGCGGCGUCGGACGGUGGAGACGCACUCUCGGCGGGGACCUGCGCCACUCCGAACUGGCGCUGCUCGGAUCCGAGGAGGACAUCAUGAUCGAAGAGGAAGAGGGCGCCGAGGAAGAGGAGGAGGACGAAGAGGAGGAAGAGGAAGCGCGUGGACUCAAGAGGUCCAGCUUUCUUUGCGACAUGGACAAUGAUGGUGAUGAUGAUGACGACGACGAGACCGUCUCCAUUACUGACAGACGUCCCCAGUCCGGAUAUGCGAAUAUUUACAGUGAGUUAGGUUGCUGCGAGAGAGUUGUCAUCAACGUGUCGGGCCUCAAGUUUGAAACUCAGCUUAAGACUCUCACUCAGUUCCCGGACACUCUCCUGGGGGACCCCGACAAGCGCAUCCGGUAUUUCGACCCUCUUAGGAACGAGUACUUCUUCGAUCGGAACCGACCGAGUUUUGACGCUAUUUUGUACUAUUACCAGUCUGGGGGGCGCUUGAAAAGACCCGCCAACGUGCCGUUUGACAUCUUCUCCGAGGAAGUCAAGUUUUACGAGCUCGGAGAGGAGGCUAUCCUGAAGUUUCGAGAGGAUGAGGGUUUCGUCAAAGAGGAAGAGAAGCCUCUGCCUGAGGACGAGUUCAAGCGGCAAAUUUGGUUGCUGUUUGAGUACCCGGAGAGCUCCAGUCCGGCCAGGGGCAUCGCCGUGGUGUCCGUGCUGGUUAUCGUCAUCUCCAUCGUCAUCUUCUGCCUGGAGACGCUGCCAGAGUUCAGGGAUGACAAAGAGUACUUGCAGCACAGGCAUAAUUCCACGCAGCCGGACCACGGAUUUACCCCCUUCAACGACCCAUUUUUCAUCGUGGAGACCGUGUGCAUUAUUUGGUUCUCUUUUGAGAUUAUAGUCCGUUUCUUUGCCAGCCCCAGCAAAACGGCCUUCUUUAAAAACAUCAUGAACUCCAUUGACAUUGUUUCCAUUUUGCCUUACUUCAUCACCCUUGGCACGGACCUGGCGCAGCACCAAGGCAACGGGCAGCAGGCGAUGAGCUUCGCCAUCCUGAGAAUAAUCCGCCUGGUCAGGGUGUUCCGCAUUUUCAAGCUGUCCAGACACUCCAAAGGCCUCCAGAUCCUCGGCCACACUCUGCGCGCCAGCAUGAGGGAGCUGGCCCUGCUCAUUUUCUUCCUGGUCAUCGGCGUCAUCCUCUUCUCCAGCGCCGUCUACUUCGCCGAGGCCGACGAGCCCACCUCGCAGUUCACCAGCAUCCCGGACGCCUUCUGGUGGGCCGUGGUGACUAUGACCACGGUGGGCUACGGGGACAUGAAGCCCAUCACCGUGGGCGGCAAGAUCGUGGGCUCCCUUUGCGCCAUAGCGGGCGUGUUAACCAUCGCGCUCCCGGUGCCGGUCAUCGUGUCCAACUUCAACUACUUUUACCACCGCGAGACCGAUAACAAUGAAGACCAGGCGCAAACGGUGGUUGAGAGCAUGCCGCCGGGAUGCCCCUACUUCCCGGACUUUUUACGUAAAUUUAAAGGCUCGCCGUCCGGCUCCUCGCUGGGCGACAAAGCGGAGUACAUGGAGAUGGAAGAAGGGGUGACGGAGUCACUGUGCGGCCUGGACAAAAGCCCCAGUAAAGGAAACGGCACGGACAUAAGCAGAAGGAACAGUACUAACUCCAAAUCUAUUCAGACUGACGUGUGA